CGAAGUAGAGGUUCACCUUAUCGCCGCGGCAAAAGUCUCAUGGCCGUCCUCAAGUCGAACUUGGUAGGAUGGGAACAGAACCAGCUCGACGUCCUUGAAAUUCUCGAGAAGCACCGGUUGAAAUCAGUAUACGCUUUCAAUUCCGGUUCGGGUCGGAAGUUCCUAACCGUUUCGGUUCCACCUGGGAACGGAUGGUCAAUCCGUGGAUACAACGAUGGAAACCUCUUGAGUUAAAAAAUCAGUCAUCUCAUGAAAAUUUAAUAUAAUAUUUGGAUGAUA